AUGGCCAAAGCCAAGACAACUGCAAGAACACAGGGCAAAGAGGUCAAGAAACGCGGGUUCCGUGCGGUUGACAAGACGGCUCGUCAACCAGCAGUUGUGUAUUUCGAAGAGAAAGGAGCAAAAAGUGGUGCUAGCGAUGCUGCUGAUGAUGAUGAUGAUGAUGAUGAGGUUAAUCAGCAUGUUUCAAGACAAGAGUUGAAGACAAGGGCAGCGAGGUUGUUGAAGGUACGUGAGAGUUUGCCCGUGUUUCAGAACCGCGAAAGGAUCAUGUCGCACAUAAGAUCUAACCCUGUGACGGUGCUUAUUGGUGAGACUGGUUCUGGUAAGUCGACGCAGAUCCCGCAAUUUUUGAUGGACGAAGUUUUGGGCAACGGUAGUGGCAGUGGUGGAAAAGCAGGAGGAGCGAUAGCGGUGACGCAGCCCAGAAGAGUGGCAGCGAUCAACUUAGCGACACGUGUGGCUCAGGAACACGGGGUUCAGUUGGGCCAAGAGGUCGGGUACUCGGUUAGAUUCGACAACAAGAGCCACAAGGGCCGGACACGGCUCAAGUACUUGACAGACGGUAUGUUAAUCCGGGAAUUGAUGUUGGACAAGAACUUGUCAGGGUACAAGUGUGUGGUGAUUGACGAAGCUCACGAGCGUACGGUGUUGACGGACUUAAUUUUGGGGUUCUUGCGGGAGCUCCAGCGCGGGAAGCGUCCUGAUUUGAAGGUGGUGGUGAUGUCUGCGACGCUUCAAGCGGAUUUGUUCAGCCGAUUUUUCGAUGAGGCGCCUGUGCUAUUUGUGGAGGGCCGUAAGUUCCCAGUGGAGCGGUUCUACUUGCCACGGGCGUGCGAUGACAUAGUGGAUGCGGUGGUUCGUGCUGCGGUGCAAUUGAACAGCAGUGAGGGCAUUAUUAGCGGCGGCAGUGGCAGCAGCGGUGGUGACAUAUUGUGUUUCUUGCCGGGGCAAGAAGAGAUCGACAAGGCAGUAUCUAUUUUGAACAAGAUCUCGCCUGUUUUGGACCGGACGGUGCCCCGGAUCCAGGCGUUCCCAUUGUACGCUGCACUCGCGCCACGGGAGCAAGCGAGAGUGUUCGAGCCCUUGAAGGGGUUCCGUCGUAAAGUGGUUUUGGCGACGAAUAUUGCGGAAACCUCUGUGACGAUUCCCGGUGUGAAGUAUGUGGUGGAUUGCGGGCUACGUAAGGUGAAAGUGUGGAGACACCAGCUAGGGCUUGCGACGUUGCUUACCGUGCCGGUAUCGAAGGCGAGUGUGGCGCAGAGGGCUGGUCGUGCCGGUAGAGAGAGUGCAGGUAAGUGUUUCCGUCUUUUCACCGAGAAGGACUACGAGAGGCUCCCAGCGCAGUCUGAAUCUGAGAUCACGCGAAGCGAGAUCACGUCGCCGAUCCUCAUGUUGAAGCAGUACGGUGUGCAAGACGUGGUGAACUGGUCGUGGCUGGAGCAUCCAGGGCGCGAGGCGAUUGUGAGUGCGUUGAAAGAGUUGUACGAAUUGCAAGCGUUGGACGAUGCGGGCAAGAUCACGGAAUUGGGUCGCAAGAUGGCAUUGCUACCGCUAGCACCGCACCUCAGUGCUGUGCUUUUGGAAGCGCAAGAAAGAGACGUGUUGGAUGCGGUGGUGGACAUUGUUGCAUGUUUGAGUGUUGAGAAUUUAGUGUUGAACCCGAUGCCCGAAGAGCGGGACGAGGUGAACGAGAGAAGACGGGCCGUGUGCCCCUUGGGGACACGGUACGGGGAUCUACUGAUGCUCAAGGAGUUGUAUGAGGCGUACGAGUCGCUGGCGAGCGCUGGCGAGCGCCAAGAGUGGUGCAAGCGCCUGUGCUUGUCGCAGCGAGGCUUCAAGAACGUGAUCAAAGUGCGACAGCAGUUGCUGUCGUACGUCGAGAGGCUGUACAAGGUCAAGGGUAAUGUAAGUAAAGAGUACGACGAGGAUCGAACCCUGGACGUUGCGCAGGUGCUCAAGUGUUUCUUGCGCGGCUUCGUCAAGAACACGGCGAUCGGGAUGCCGGACAAGUCGUUCCGCACGACCCCCACGGGCGAGACCAUCGCGAUCCACCCUUCGUCGAUGCUCUUCAUGAGCGACGUCACGUGCUCUGCGAUUCUGUACAUCGAGCACGUGUUCACGACGAAGGGGUACGCGCGGUCUGUGUCGCGGAUCGAGCUGGCGUGGUUGCAGGAGGUCGCGUCGGGGGUGCUGAAGCAGGGUACCCGGUAG